CGGCGGCUGCCGGGAGCCCAGUGAGGCCUUCGCUCGGCGCCCGCCGCAGAGCCCGCCCGCCUCGCCGGCCGCCCCCUUCCCCCGCUCAGCUCGCUGGCUCGCUCCCCCCUUCCCUCCCCUUCCCCUGCUUCCCUCCCCGGCUCCCUUCCCCUGCUGCCGCCGCCUCCUCCCGGGGCUCCAGCCAUAAAUAGCUGGGAAGGAGAAAAACGGAGAAAAAGCCCUCAUCCCUCUUGUGGAGCCUUGUGCUGGAGUUCAGGAAUUUCAACAGAGUGAUCUUUUGGCAUAAACUGGUUUUUCAAGAGACAUUCCUGCCAUUAUGAAUGAAGUAGCAAUAGUGAAGGAAGGCUGGCUUCACAAACGAGCGAUGCACUGUCUUGAUGACCUGUGUAGCCAGAACCCUCGAGGUUCAGAUUAGUUCGAGGAUCGUCUGGCUUUCAUGGUAUUUCAAAGGAAUGGCUGUGGCACUUGAUACAAAGGAUCCUAAGAGCCAUCUGAACUCUGAAGAUGCCAGCUAUAGAGGGCACAGCUGCUUCAGAGGAAAAACUGGGGGGAAUGGAAAGGAGAAUACAUCAAAACAUGGAGGCCACGGUAUUUUCUCCUAAAGAACGAUGGCACAUUCAUUGGCUACAAGGAGCGACCGCAGGAUGUCGACCAGCGGGAAUCACCUCUAAAUAACUUCUCAGUAGCUCAGUGCCAGCUGAUGAAGACAGAACGACCUAAACCAAACACAUUUAUCAUUAGAUGCCUCCAGUGGACCACAGUAAUUGAAAGAACAUUUCAUGUGGAGACUCCAGAGGAGCGGGAAGAAUGGACAAAAGCCAUCCAAACAGUAGCAGACAGCCUCAAGAAACAAGAGGAAGAGAUGAUGGAUUUUAGAUCUGGCUCUCCCAGUGAUAAUUCAGGUGCCGAAGAAAUGGAAGUUUCUAUGACAAAGCCAAAACACAAAGUGACCAUGAACGAGUUUGAAUACCUUAAACUACUGGGAAAAGGCACUUUUGGAAAGGUCAUUUUAGUUAAAGAAAAAGCAACUGGACGGUAUUAUGCUAUGAAAAUUCUGAAGAAAGAAGUUAUUGUAGCAAAGGAUGAAGUAGCGCACACGCUGACAGAAAACCGUGUCCUACAGAACUCUCGGCAUCCAUUCCUAACAGCUUUAAAGUAUUCCUUUCAGACACAUGAUCGCUUGUGUUUUGUUAUGGAGUACGCUAAUGGAGGGGAGUUGUUUUUCCAUCUGUCAAGAGAGCGCGUCUUUUCUGAAGACCGAGCUCGGUUCUAUGGAGCCGAGAUUGUUUCAGCGCUGGAUUACCUGCAUUCAGAGAAGAAUGUGGUUUAUAGAGAUUUGAAGUUGGAAAAUCUUAUGCUGGAUAAAGAUGGACACAUAAAAAUAACAGACUUUGGACUAUGUAAAGAAGGCAUCAAGGAUGGAGCAACAAUGAAGACUUUCUGUGGCACUCCAGAGUACCUUGCGCCGGAGGUUCUGGAAGAUAAUGACUACGGUCGUGCAGUGGACUGGUGGGGCUUAGGAGUCGUGAUGUAUGAAAUGAUGUGUGGCCGGCUCCCUUUCUACAAUCAGGACCACGAAAAGCUCUUUGAGCUCAUCCUUAUGGAGGAGAUCAGAUUUCCACGCACAUUGUCACCUGAAGCAAAAUCUCUCUUGUCAGGUUUGCUGAAGAAAGAUCCUAAGCAAAGGUUAGGUGGUGGUCCCGAUGAUGCCAAGGAGAUUAUGCAGCACAAAUUCUUUGCUGGCAUUGUUUGGCAAGAUGUAUACGAGAAAAAGCUUGUACCUCUGUUCAAGCCACAAGUUACAUCUGAAACAGAUACAAGAUACUUUGAUGAAGAAUUUACAGCACAGAUGAUAACAAUCACUCCUCCUGACCAAGAUGACAGCAUGGAUUGUGUAGAUAACGAGAGAAGACCUCAUUUUCCUCAGUUCUCCUACUCAGCCAGUGGAACCGCUUAAUGUUUUGCCAUUCAGAAACAAAACAGACUGCAUUUUGGGGACCUUACUUCAAUGGACACUAGAGAACUUUCUAUAUUAUCUGAAUUACAAACUGUGUUUGUAUUACGAUUUAGAUGACUUUGUAGGAAGCCUCACAGAUUCUGUAUUUAAAACAAUUCUUUGAUGCAUUUUUGAGAAGGAAAACGAAUCCAUUCUUUUAAGUAUUACGUCAAGGCUUUUAUGCUGAAUGACCAUAGGUUUUUAAGAACAUACACCAAAACUGUUUACUUUAGAAAUAAUUAAGGUAUUCAACAUAUCAGCAACUCUGACCAGAAAAUCCCCUUAUUUUAUUUAUUUCAUACAGUUCAUUAUCUAAAUAUAGAAUCUGCACUCUGAACAAUUAGAUUUAUAUAGGAAGAUAUAAGACUUUAGUAGCUAGUGCAAUAAUAUAAGCAACAAAGUGAACAAACUCUGGAGAGUCAAGGUUCAAACUCAUUUUGGACAGCAGUGAAGCAUCAUCUAACUCCAGAAAACCAACUAUAGGAACAGCAUUAAUGGCCUCAGUGAGGUAAAUCAAAAAGCAAAAGUUAUUUUUGUUAUAACAUCUGCUACAAGACAUUACAUAUCAAACUGAAUCCAGUGGGAUUGCCACAUCGUACAGAUGAGUAUUCCAUUCUAGACAGUGCAUUUAAUUAUUCCAUUUGCAUAGAGCUUAGGAAUACUUCAUAGGAUUGGCUUCUCAGAACCUAGAAAAUGCUUGAUUUACCAAUCUAAUAUGAAAUGCAACAAUGAAAAAUCACCCACUUCCACCACUGUACAGAAAUACCACACAGGUCUAAGUGAGAAAUCAUCUUAAUGAGCGAAUCAGCCAGACACAAGUACAUUUUGGCACUGAAGUAAUGACUUGUUGCCGCUUUUUUUUUUUUAUGAAAAGAUAUAUGAAUAUAUAUAAACACUUAAUGAUUUUUUGCAUCAUGCCAGAUCAUUUCUUCUUUCUUGAGUGUGCAUUAAAGGUAUCAACCAACAGUUCAUGGUGCCUUCUCACUCUUGAAGAUUCACUUUAGCAGUGUUUUCCCAUGUAAAAAAAAAAAUAGGUUGAAACUUCAUAUGUGUUUGAAUAAUAAUGGUGUUCAAAAAGUGAACUUUUUUUUUGUUUUUCAUUUUUAAUCUUAGUGGAAAAUUCCCCUCACCCUGUUUUUGUUGUAUCAUGUUUCUUUGUAAUUUUCAUAAAAGCAGUCUUAUUCUGUCUCUGCUGCGAAUGAAUUUAUUCCAUUGUAGGUUGCGUUCUUUAAAUUGCGCUUUUUUUGUUUUUUUCAUUCUCUUGACUGUAUAAAAAAUGAUGACAUGUACUCCAGUUAACUAGCAUUUAAUUUUUUUAUUUGAAAGGGAGUAUGUUAUGAAAACCCUCGCUUCUCCUUUCCAUCAGAAACUGCUGUGCUUGCACAGAGAGCCCAUCAUCUUGACUUUUUUUUUUUUAACAACAUUCAACUCUAGUAUUUUUACUCAUGAUAUGAAAAUUUCCCUCCAAAUACUUAAAUAAAAUUGCUUUAACGA